AUGAAAAAAUUCAAAGAAAAUCCUAAGUUAGGCACAACUGAGUUCAGAAAUGAAGUGUGCACAACUUUGAAAGCAAGUGUCUCCAAAUCUCAAGCCUAUAGGGCAAAGCAAAAGGCACUAAAGGCUAUUCAAGGUUCAGAAGAAGAACAGUUUCAAAAAAUCAGAUCUUACUGUGAAGAACUCAAAAGAACAGACACAAAUGCCACUGUUGUUUUAAAAUUGACAGAGGACACAGAAGGUUUGAGGUUUCAAAGAUUGUACAUUUGCUUUUCAGCUUGCAAAGAGGGGUUCAAGAAUGCUUGUAGACCUGUCAUAGGAGUGGAUGGGUGUUUUUUGAAAGGGCAGAGGGGUGGACAAUUAUUGGCUGCAGUUGGGUUGGAUCCAAACAAUAACAUAUACCCAAUUUGUUAUGCUAUUGUUGAGGGUGAAACUAAGGAAACCUGGAUGUGGUUCCUUCAGUUGUUAGAUUUAGACAUUGGCUUUGAGGAACAACACAAGUGGACAUUUAUGUCUGACAAACAAAAGGGACUUAUCCCUGCUUUUGAAACUCUAUUCCCAGGUGCAGAAAACAGAUUAUGUGUAAGGCACUUACACAGUAAUAUGAAGAAGGAUGGCUUUGGGGGUAUGGCAAUUAAGAGUGCACUGUGGGCAGCUGCAAAAGCCACUAGAAUUGAAGAGUUCAAGAGGAGAAUGGAAGAACUGAGGGCUAUAGAUGAAGCUGCAUACAAUUGGUUAGUGAAGAAGCCUCCUCAGAAUUGGACCAGGGAAAAAACUCUAAAAUGGGAUACAAACAUUUGUCCCAAGAUCAGAACUGUCUUGAUAAAGAAUAUGAAAGAGGCUGGUGAGUGCAUCCCAAUGAAAUCAGAUGAGUGGAAUUUUCAGAUAGUGGGGAUGUAUGAUCAGCAUACUGUUGACAUAAGAGCAAAGAGUUGCAGCUGCAGAAGAUGGGAUUUGACAGGUAUCCCUUGCAAACAUGCCAUUUCUGCCAUUUGGUGUAGGCAUGAAGACCCUGAGCAAUAUGUUCAUCACUGUUACAGUGUUGACUCAUAUAAAAGAGCAUAUGAAAACUCCAUUUCACCAAUAAAUGGACCAGAAUUUUGGCCUCAAUGCACUUUGCAGCCUCCAUUACCACCAAUGUAUACAGAAAAAGCUGGUAGACCACAAAAACUGAGAAGAAGAGAGCCAGAUGAGCCACCUUCUGUUGGGGGAACAAAGUUAAAGAGGGUUCCAAGAAUUAAUAAGUGCAGAAAGUGUGGGCAAGCAGGGCAUAAUGCUAGAAAAUGUGGAGGAAAAAGAAAGACUGUGGAAGAAACAAAUGAAGUUGAUCAAGAUGUGCAAGAAUCUAGGGAAGAACCUGAUCAAGGUGGGCAAGAAUCUAGGCAAGAACCUGUUACACAACAAAGCACUGCUGCAAUGAAUGUUUCUCAAAGAGGAGAAACACAAGUUCCACAGAGGAAGAUGCAGGUAAGAAGGCCAACAAAAAGGCAAGUGAAUAUGACAGGAACUUCAAACACUACCUCUACAAUCAAUAUGCAGAUCAAUGAAGGUUCAAGUGUAAGUACUCCUGUCAUUGUCAAUGGAGGAGUUAAUUUCAUCACAAUGUCCAACCUCAGAUCUGCUUUUGGUAUCCAAGGCUCUACAAGUUCUGCAAAUCCAUUCACUGCACCAAGGCCAGCCAAAAAGCCAACACAGUCAAAGAAUGGAUCAAAGAAGACCACAUAA